AUGGCCAUGGCUGAUGGCCGGACAGAGGUGCCAGACUCGGAGGAUGAGGCCACGACGUCUUCGCCGCCUAUCCAUACCGAUGAUCCGCAGACUGAGACUGACAAGCUUUCUGCAAACGGUCCUGUUCCGAUCCAAGGCCGGCAAGACGCGCUAUCCAAGGCCAGUCUCUCUUACCAAGCGCCCGCCAAAGUUCUCGCCAAUGCAGCUGCGGACUUGGUCGCUGAUGGUGGCAAUGCUUCUGUCAACGUCGACGAAUCCCCGGUUGAUGAUGAUCAGUGUGGAACGUGCGCAAGUGCGCCGUUGCGACAGCAAGGAGAUGUGUACGAAGCUGGAAAUAGCCAUGCACAUAUGGAGAUACCUUUCGCAAUAUCUUCGCCAGAUCUCAAGCUCGGUGAUACGCCACUUCGGCCACACACGGCCACCACUGAAGAGCGCCCUGCAAUGCACGACCAAAGCUUAAAUUCACAGAUGUCGAGCCCCGAAGCGACCACUAGCGAUUCAAGUAGCAAAGGUGACUCAAACGACUAUAGGAGAUUAGCAGGUCAGGUUGAACUUGUCAAGCACGAUCUUGUGCAUGUUGAACACGACAGCCAAAUGUCCACACCUGUAGGCGAUGUCGAAAAUUCGAAAGUGGUAGCAAAUGUGACGAGCGAUGCACACUAUGGGCAGCCGUUACCCUUAGAAACACGUCAGAACAUAAACUUUAGCUCGAAUGAAGCCCCGUCGACCGAAAUAAUGUUUCAUGAAGCGGAUGACUUGAAUGAUGGUCACACGGAAAACUAUACUCAAGAUGAGCUUGCAAUAGAAGCCACUCUACCGAAUACGGUGCUGGAAGAGCGUGCGACUCAUGGAGAGGUGAACAGAACGGAUCACGACUGCAAAGAAGGAUCAGCAGAGACCAUGCCUCGAACGUCUGAGACUACGGCGGAUGUACCUGGAACAUCAUCAUCUGUGACAACCGAGAUGCCAGACGAAUCAUCUACGAUUCACAAUAUAGAGCCAGAUCAUAACAUGUAUGAACCUCAUCUAGCCCCAGAGCUGUCUGCGACCGUUCAAGAGCCACUCGUUCCAGAGACAGUCACGCCCUGCCUCGAGCAAAGCUCCGAUGGACAGCAGACACAAGAGCAGGACGCAGAUAAGGGUCGGUCUGUUGAACAGCGUACCACUUGGACCCGGGACGGUGAUAACGAAGUCCAGGGCACAUCAUCAGCUUUACCCACUAAACCAACCCCACAGCCACAGCUCGCCCCAGUUGAGCCUGCUGAACCAUCCGCCACACAUCCUCUACCCCCAAAAACGCCCCAAGAAAUCACUCUAGCUGGAUUGAAAGCACAAAAGAAAGCGUUGCUCACUUCUCUCGCCAAAAUGCCUGCCAUACAAGUCCUCAUCGAGGAAAGCGCUGAUCUCGAAGCUGAAGCGGACGACGCACAUGAUGAACCGACCGAGGCAGAUGUAAUGGCUGCUGCAAACAAGAUUGUAAAGGAUCACAUCAAACUACUACACGAAUACAACGAGCUCAAGGACGUGGGACAAGGGCUUAUGGGCCUGAUUGCGGAUCAGCGAGGCGUGAGAAUAGUAGAGGUACAGGAGGAGUUUGGUAUAGAGGCGAAGGAUUGA